AUGGCGUCGGGGACUCCGGUCGAAGAUGCUAUCAGGCAGAAGAUCACCACCGCCCUCAAACCCACAACCCUUGAAAUUUACAACGACUCGCACCUCCAUGCGCACCACAAGCCGAUGCAGGGCGUCACAUCUAGGGAGACACAUUUCCGCCUGGUCAUCACAUCCGAGGCCUUUCAGUCCAAAAUGCAGCCAGCACGACACCGGCUCGUCUACUCGUUGCUGAAGGAUGAGCUCGCCCAAGAGGGCGGCAUCCAUGCCCUUCAGCUUCGGACAAUGACUCCGGAGGAGGAAGCCAAGCGGCGCACCCAGGAAACCGGGACAGACUGA